CGCAGACAGUCCCUAAUGAAUCUUGGGGCCGGUGUCAGGCCGGGCAGCUUUAUCUGCAAAUAGGAAACCCGAGGCACAGAGGCCAGGAGGGUGGGCAGUGAGGAUCAGAGGCCAGGCCUUCUUGGCUCCCAGAGCUCAUCGGAGGUCAGGACCGAUAAGUAACAAUGACUCGCCCCUACACGAUGAGGAAGGAAGUCCUGCUGCCACCUUAUCUCUGCUCCUCUGCCUCCUCCCUGUUCCCAGAGCUUUUUCUCAAGAGAAGAUUCUGAAGGCGGCUUUUGUGUGACGGUCACCCAGUCACCCACCAUCAGCUUGGGGACGGUGAAUUCAGCAAAUGAUAUGCAGAUUCUUCAAGGCAGAAUAACUGUAGAAAAUCUUCAAAGGACUCCAUCUGCAGAUAUUCUGAAUACCUCUGAGUCUAGAAAUUGAUUAUUCAACCAGGAUACCUAAUUCAAGACUGCCAGAACUCAGGAGAGUGAGACAUUUUGUCAGUUUUGAGACAUUGGACCAAAUACAAUGAAGUAUUCUUGCUGUGCUCUGGUGCUGGCUGUCCUGGGCACAGAAUUGCUGGGAAGCCUAUGUUCAACUGUCAGAUCCCCGAGGUUCAGAGGACGGAUACAGCAGGAACGAAAAAACAUUCGACCCAACAUUAUCCUUGUGCUUACUGAUGAUCAGGACGUGGAGCUGGGGUCCCUGCAAGUCAUGAAUAAGACAAGGAAGAUUAUGGAGCAUGGGGGUGCCACCUUCACCAAUGCCUUUGUGACCACGCCUAUGUGCUGCCCGUCCCGGUCAUCCUUGCUCACCGGGAAGUAUGUGCACAACCAUAAUGUCUACACCAACAAUGAGAACUGCUCUUCACCCUCCUGGCAGGCCAUGCACGAACCUCGGACCUUUGCUGUAUAUCUUAACAACACUGGCUACAGAACAGCCUUUUUUGGAAAAUACCUCAAUGAAUAUAAUGGCAGCUACAUCCCUCCUGGGUGGCGAGAAUGGCUUGGAUUAAUCAAGAAUUCUCGUUUCUAUAAUUACACUGUUUGUCGAAAUGGCAUCAAAGAAAAGCAUGGAUUUGAUUAUGCAAAGGACUACUUCACAGACUUAAUCACUAACGAGAGCAUUAAUUACUUCAAAAUGUCUAAGAGAAUGUAUCCCCAUAGGCCCAUUAUGAUGGUGAUCAGCCACGCUGCGCCCCACGGCCCCGAGGACUCGGCCCCACAGUUUUCAAAACUGUACCCCAAUGCCUCCCAACACAUAACUCCUAGUUAUAAUUAUGCACCAAAUAUGGAUAAACACUGGAUUAUGCAAUACACGGGACCAAUGCUGCCCAUCCACAUGGAAUUUACAAAUGUUCUACAGCGCAAAAGACUUCAGACUUUGAUGUCAGUAGAUGAUUCUGUGGAAAGGCUGUAUGACAUGCUCGUGGAGACGGGGGAGCUGGAUAACACUUAUGUCAUUUACACCGCUGACCAUGGCUACCAUAUUGGGCAGUUUGGACUAGUCAAGGGGAAAUCCAUGCCAUAUGACUUCGAUAUCCGCGUGCCUUUCUUUAUUCGUGGUCCAAGCAUAGAACCGGGAUCAACAGUCCCACAGAUUGUCCUCAACAUCGACCUGGCCCCUACCAUCCUGGAUAUUGCUGGGCUCGACACGCCUCCUGAUGUGGACGGCAAAUCUGUCCUCAAACUUCUAGACCCAGAAAAGCCAGGAAACAGGUUUCGAACAAACAAGAAGGCCAAAAUUUGGCGAGAUACAUUCCUAGUGGAAAGAGGCAAAUUUCUACGAAAGAAGGAAGAAUCUGGCAAAAAUAUCCAACAAUCAAAUCACUUGCCUAAAUAUGAGCGAGUCAAGGAACUGUGCCAACAGGCCAGGUACCAGACAGCCUGUGAACAGCCUGGGCAGAAAUGGCAGUGCAUUGAGGACACAUCUGGGAAGCUUCGAAUUCACAAGUGUAAAGGGCCCAGUGACCUGCUCACCGUCCGGCAGAGCACGCGGAACCUCUACUCUCGAGGCUUCCAUGAUAAGGACAAAGAGUGCAGUUGCAGGGAAUCUGGUUACCGCGCCAGCAGAAGCCAGAGGAAGAGUCAGAGGCAGUUCCUGAGAAACCAGGGGACUCCAAAGUACAAGCCCCGAUUUGUCCAUACCCGGCAGACACGCUCCUUGUCUGUUGAAUUUGAAGGAGAAAUAUAUGACAUAAAUCUGGAAGAGGAAGAAUUGCAAGUGUUGCAGCCAAGGAGCAUUGCCAAGCGUCACGAUGAAGGCCACAGGGGGUUGGGAGGCCGCCAGGCUGCCGGCGGUGGCAACGGGGAUGAACUGCUGGCAGACAGCAGCAAUGCCGUGGGCCUACCAACCACUGUCCGUGUGACACACAAGUGUUUUAUUCUUCCAAAUGAUACAAUCCAUUGUGAGAGAGAACUGUAUCAGUCAGCCAGAGCCUGGAAGGAUCAUAAGGCAUACAUUGAUAAAGAGAUUGAAGUUCUGCAAGAUAAAAUUAAGAAUUUGAGAGAAGUGAGGGGACACCUAAAGAGAAGAAAGCCUGAGGAAUGUAGCUGCAGUAAGCAGAGCUAUUACAAUAAAGAAAAAGGUGUAAAAAGACAAGAGAAAUUGAAGAGCCAUCUUCACCCCUUCAAGGAGGCUGCUCAAGAAGUUGACAGCAAACUGCAACUUUUCAAGGAGAACCGUCGGAGGAAGAAGGAGAGGAAGGAGAAGAAACGCCAGAGGAAGGGGGAGGAGUGCAGCCUUCCUGGUCUCACCUGCUUCACCCAUGACAACAACCACUGGCAGACGGCCCCAUUCUGGAACUUGGGAUCUUUCUGCGCUUGUACCAGUUCUAACAAUAACACCUACUGGUGUUUACGGACAGUGAAUGAGACACAUAAUUUUCUUUUCUGUGAGUUCGCCACUGGCUUUCUGGAGUACUUCGAUAUGAAUACAGAUCCUUAUCAGCUCACAAACACCGUGCACACAGUAGAACGGGGCAUUUUGAACCAGCUACAUGUACAGCUAAUGGAGCUCCGCAGCUGUCAAGGGUAUAAACAGUGCAACCCAAGACCGAAGGGCCUGGAAAUUGGUAAGGACAAGAAUCUUGUGUUUUUCU